AUGAUUACCAUUUGCUGUCUCGUGGACGUAACGGUCGCCGGCGUUUUCCAACAAUUUCCUUGCGCGCCAAUCGAUGCGAUCUCCGUCGACGGCGCGGUGGUUCCGGUUGCUUGCGCGCUCCAAUCCCCCGGAAGUAAAGUCGACCUUCCGACUUACGUGAAGGUUGCUACUCCGAUUUCGUACAGACCACUGCCAAGAACAUCAUCUUUGGUAUACAUCGCUCCACCGAUUUUUAAAACGGCGUCCGCGGUUGUCGCGACCGACACGAAGAACGAAAAAGAUGCCGAAUACACGGCUUACCCAAGGUAUUCAUUCAAUUACGGCGUCCUGGACGGAUACACAGGCGAUUCGAAGUCGGCAUGGGAGGAAAGGGACGGUGACACGGUGAAGGGUGAAUAUUCGGUGGUUGAAGCAGACGGAUCAAUCAGAACGGUUACUUACACGGCGGAUAAUCACAAUGGAUUCAACGCUGUCGUCACGAGAAACGAACCACUGAAGAAUCCGAAACAAGAGGCUAAUUUGAAGGCGUUUCUACCUGCCUCGAUACUUUCCCGUCCCCAUUAAUGUUUCAUCGCUGCAAAAGUUUU